GCUUCAUCCAACCGCAGCUCAUCACAGCUUCGGACCUCUCAUUGAAGCUCUCAUACAAUCGCAACGGCUGAAACAUUGCCGUCGAAAUAUGGGUGUUGUCUUGGAGCCUCCAUGAUGAAAAUGCUCACUACUUCGGCCGGCGUGAGGCUUCUGAGCCCCGCUGCGGUCCGUCAAGCAACCAUUACAGCUUCGAGAGCUCCGACGACAGCUAGCGCCAUUCUCGUCUCAUCGCGCCGGCAAUAUGCGACCACUCAAGAAACAUCAAAGAGGAGAUCCGUGACGCCUUUCAACGAUAACGGCCAUGUCCCUUGGACUCGGCUUUCGGCCGGUGAAAAAGCCGGGCGCGCCGUUCAACAAACGUUCAACUUUGGCUUGGUGAUUUUGGGUGUAGUUUUGACCGGAGGAAUAGCCUACCUCCUCUUCACCGACGUGAUCUCGCCCGAGUCCAAAACCGCCUACUUCAACCGGGCCGUCGACCGGAUCCGUGCCGACCCUCGCUGCGUCGCCCUUCUUUCGCCCGGCAACCCGAAGGCAAUUGCCGCUCACGGCGAAGAGACGUACAACAAGUGGCGCCGAGCGCGGCCGAUCGCGGCAACGGUCGAGAAGGACAGCAGGGGAGUGGAGCAUUUGAAGAUGCACUUUAAUGUCGAAGGACCAAGAGGCUCCGGCGUCGUCAGACUUCAUCUGACCAAGCAACCGGGACACUGGGAGCACGAAUACCAGACUUUCUACGUGGAUGUGAGGGGGCAUCAGAGGAUCUACUUGGAGAAUAAGGAGGCGGAGAUGGCGGCUGCUAAGAAGGGAGGGAACAAGGAGUUCAAGUUCUUGGGUGUCAAGUGGAACUGAGAAGCUUCCGUUCGCUUGUAUGAAUACUGUAUAAGGAUUGGGGUCAUUCUUGCAAGGGUGGACUACGAUGCAGUUGAUUCUAGUUUUGCGGAUUAGUUGUGUUGCUUUGACUGAAAACGUUUGCCGUUUUAAGGACGUUGGGAUUAUGCGUCAUGGAGGUUGAGCUUCUCACAAUGAAUGCAAAAGGAUAUGAGAACAGACUUGUAAAUCGGAGGACUGUUCAUUAUAUGUCCUCCUCGCUGCUACGGAUAAAGAGACCGCAGUCGCUUGUACUAUAAUAGU